AUGGCAUCUAAAUUGCAAUUCAACAUUCUUGCCAUCAUUGCAAGACAUCUAUCUCAAGACGAUAUUUGCGCCUGUUCUAGAGUUUGCAAAUCAUGGGCAGUACCAUUUCAAGAGUCCUUGUGGAAAGUAUUUCACAUAAACGAUCAAAAGACAUUAAAAAUGAUAUGUGACCCAUCUUUUUCCUCUCAGAACAGCAUCUGUCUUCAGAAAUUUGGACAUAGUGUGUAUGAAUUACAUGUCGGACGCCACUUUUAUAUUCUUAAAGAACAACUCCGGGAUUUACAGCAACGUUUUGGGAACCUCAGGUGUCUUUAUGUGGACAGCAUCAAUUUGAGGGCAGCCAAUCUAGAAAUAAUGCCCGGCCGAGUUUCCUGGAGAUCUGUGGAAUAUCUUGAGGUCAGCUUACAAUGGACAGAGGCUCAUAACGACCUCGAAGAGCUUUCUAGACUUUUGGCAUUCUUACCCUGUCUCGGCAUAUUCCGUCUAACUGAGAGCAGCUCAAGCCAAAGCAAGAGUUUUUCCUGGAAAGACAUUGAUAUGGUCCAUAGUCACUUGUCACAAUUGAAAGAAAUAUAUAUUGACGUUAUCCUUUGUCCUAUACCCUCUGAGGACAUUGAAACCAUUAGAGACAUUGUACCAUCCAGCUCUAUAAGAAAAGUCACUAUCGUUGGCAAAGAUAUCUGCUCAAGGUGGCUACAUUACUUUUCAAGCAAAUAUGAAAACCUAAAGACCUUUACGUGGAAUAUUAAGCUCAGCAAGAUAACAAGACCCGGGUAUUCACCGAAUGAAAAGACACCCGUACUCAGUCUGCCUUUGUCGCCUUUCCGGAAACUUGUCACUGUAGAUGUAGAAAGCAAUGAGCAUGAGUCAAUAUCACAUCAUGCUUCCUUUUGGAAGAAACUAAAUAAAUUCGGUGCGCUACCGAGGCGCAUAGAUUACAAGCUACGCUGGGAACCCGAUACUACAGAAAAGGCAGAGGGUCUUAUUACCGAAUGCUUGAAGAUCUUUUCGUCGACCGUAGAAAACUUUAUUUUCGAAAGCUACAACAAAUACAACAACAAGUCACUAGGUGCUUUCAACAUCCCAAUGACAUUUAGUGUCUGUCCUCAACUAGUCAAUUUGGACCUACAUAUGCCUGAUUCCAGUAUCGCACUAGACAUGCUUUUGGAUUGUUGCAAGGCUCUAAAAACUCUGAAGUUGUGUCACAGGCGGGUCUUCAUUGAUCCCGAAACAUCAAUUGUGCCAAAGGAGCAUGGGUUACUGACGAUGUGCCUUUGGGAUACAAGUACUAGACCAAACUUGUUCACAUAUCUUUCGUUCCGUUGCAAACAACUGGAGACAAUGCGUCUCAAUAAUGUUUCUAUUCACGGGACUGUCUCAAUAGAAACAGGAAAGCUCAACAUUGACAUGAUCCACACAUCAUUCAAGACUUUAGAAUUCAACUCUGUCAAAUACUAUUGUCCUACCCCGUACAAACAUAAUCAUAGACUUUCACAGAGUGCCAAAGAAAAACCAAUCAAUCUGAUACUCAUUGAACAGCACCGUGUUGAGCUUUCUAUUAUUUAUGACAUCGAGAAAAAGUCGGCUGUUUUUGAUACCUUGCUUUCCAUGCCAGUAGCUGAGCCGGUGUGGAUUCACUAUUAUUUAAAGAGUGUGCCAUUUGUACCCAAUGGUGGGAUGAGAAUACUUGGAAAAAAUGAAGUCAAGUAUAUUCGAGAAUACAUUGAUGAAUUCAAAGAAAAUCAAGAAAUAUUCUUCAGUCAACCAACAUUUGAAGACAACAACUAUGGAUUGGAACCAGAAACUCGGUGGAAAAGGGAUUUUACCCAAGGAUGUGCCGUGUGGCGCUGUCAAAGCGUUUCAAAGCAUAUCAUUAAAGCAUACAAAGAUGUGUAUGUUUAUAACUCACCAAAAUAA